AUGCGAGUAUCUAUCAAGCAGCCGCCAUUCUCGGGUGCUCUUGCCAAACAACUCGGCUUUGAUUUUCUUGCUGUUACUUACUGUUACAUGGCUCUCCUUUGGCUCGAGAAUCAGUUUAACUCAAAACUCGGCGUCGCACUUGUCAGGUGCUAUUUCUUCGGUUCUACUUUGCGGCGAACAUAUUUCUCAGGACAAUCUUGUUGCUCCAGUGACCGUAUCUGUAGUCGCCUAUAA